AGCACCCCGGUCGGUUGCGCGUUUGAUCAAGAGAACAAUCCGACUCUCAACGCUAUACUACACGCCGUCGAGACUGCAACUCGUACUGCAUAUUGCUUCAUUAUCCUUUGUCUCCGACCGACAUAUUGUAUUCAUAAUCUGCCCGCACUAUUCGUUUUGGCUGCGAAUAAGCAGCUCACCUGGAGAAAGAGCUGAUUACCUCUCCUCCCUCCCACCCCGGUUAUUCCGGAAUCAACUUUCGGAGAGAAUGACAGCCCAAAUCUCGCAUAAUCCUGUACCUGCUGGCGGGUUACACCCUUCGAAUCUCUCGAGACUGCAGAGAUCUACACGUAAAAUGCACAUGGCAACGACGACAUUGAAGGUCGAAGGCAUGACCUGUAGUGCCUGCACGUCCGCAGUUGAAGCAGCCUUCAGGAACGUUGAUGGUGUGUACGACGUGUCCGUCAGCUUGGUCAUGGAGCGCGCGGUCGUGCGACAUGACCCAUUAAAGAUUUCAGCAGCCCAGAUUAAGGACAUGAUAGAAGAUCGCGGUUUCGACGCUGAGAUCCUCUCCUCCGACACACCGCAGUCUAUGUCUGGUGAAUCCCGCAUCGACUUGCUGGACUCCGAUGAGGAAGAUACAGAUGAGCUCCAGCUGAGUACAACGACUAUAUCAGUGGGAGGAAUGACAUGUGGUGCCUGUACAUCAGCUGUCGAAGGCGCGUUCAAAAAUGUGAACGGCAUCAAAUCAUUCAGCAUCUCCUUGCUUUCCGAACGCGCUGUCGUACAACACGAACCCAAUCUCAUCAACCCUCAACGCCUACUUGCCAUCAUAGAAGAGACUGGGUUCGACGCCAAGCUUGUUGAUUCAGUCACUUCAGGUCACUACACGAAGCACAAAAGAAGUCGCAGGAGCAAGGGCGUACAAAAACAUGACACCUUGACCACAACCGUGGCAAUUGAGGGUAUGACGUGCGGAGCCUGCACAUCCGCUGUGGAGGCAGGCUUCAGAGACUUGGACGGUGUGCUCCAAUUCAGCAUAAGCUUGCUAGCCGAGCGCGCAGUCAUUGUUCACGAUCCUGUCAAACUCAGUGCUACUCGACUUACUGAGAUUAUUGACGAAUGUGGCUUCGAUGCGCGAGUAGUCUCGUCUGUGGAAGGGAAUUCACAGUCAACGUCGUCUACGAAUACAGUUCAUCUAAAGGUUUACGGUGUCCCUGGUGCAGAUGAAGCGAAUGCUCUUGCAGAUUCUCUGAGAAGCCAUCCGGGCAUUGAAGAAGCGAGAAUUGAGGUUGGAACGGGUCGGGCUAUUAUUACACAUCACCAAGCUACAUGUGGACUCCGUGCAAUAGUUGGAUAUAUCGAACAGGCCGGAUACAAUGCACUAGUGGCAGAAGCUGACGACAACAAUGCUCAGCUGGAAUCACUUGCAAAGACGAAAGAGAUUCAAGAAUGGCGCCGCGCCUUUCGCACUUCUCUUAUGUUCGCGAUACCUGUUUUUCUCACGAGCAUGAUAUUUCCUAUGUUUCUUCCUUUUCUUGAUUUCGGCAGCAUCCCAAUAUUGCCGGGCAUCUGGCUUGGCGAUCUAGUCUGCUUGGUUCUUACGAUACCCGUACAGUUUGGCAUUGGCAGGCGUUUCUAUCUCUCUGCAUUCAAAUCUGUUAAGCAUGGCUCCCCUACAAUGGAUGUUUUGGUUGUAUUAGGUACAUCUGCAGCGUUCUUUUUUAGCGUGGCCGCGAUGGUUGUGUCGUUCUUCACACCACCUCACUCACGGCCUAGCACCGUAUUCGACACCAGCUCUAUGUUGAUCACAUUCAUUACCCUCGGACGUUAUCUUGAGAAUCGAGCGAAGGGACAGACGUCGAAGGCUCUUUCAAGAUUAAUGUCUCUUGCCCCAUCAAUGGCUACGAUCUACCGAGACCCCAUUGCUGCGGCAAAAGCUGCAGAAGUCUGGGAUAAUGUUGAUCAAAAACCAGUGGAGCGAAGAACGAGCAUCGGGCACGCGGCAAGCGAGGAGAUCAUCAUUCCUACCGAGUUGAUCGAGGUCGGUGACAUAGUUAUUCUUCGUCCUGGAGACAAAAUUCCAGCAGACGGCACCGUCUUACGAGGCGAGAGCUAUGUUAAUGAGAGCAUGGUCACUGGUGAAGCAAUGCCUAUCUUCAAGAAGAAGAAUGCACCUGUCAUGGCUGGGACGGUGAACGGAGAGGGUAGGCUGGACAUAAUGGUCACGAGAGCAGGACGUGACACUCAGCUCAGCCAGAUUGUCCACUUGGUUCAAGAGGCCCAAACAAGUCGUGCUCCGAUUCAGCGCGUUGCUGAUAUGGUCGCCGGCUACUUUGUCACUGUCAUCAUCACUCUCGGGCUUGCAACCUUCGUUUCGUGGAUGAUCUUGAGCCACGUCCUCAUUAGUCCCCCGUCUAUUUUUCUUGCUGCCGAAAGCGGUGGAAGGCUCAUGGUCUGCGUCAAGCUAUGCAUUUCGGUAAUUGUAUUUGCUUGCCCAUGUGCCCUGGGUUUAUCCACACCCACGGCUGUGAUGGUCGGCACUGGCGUUGGUGCUGAGAAGGGCAUUCUCAUCAAAGGUGGUGAAACAUUAGAGAGAGCAACCAAGGUCACACAUGUCGUCUUUGACAAAACUGGUACCCUGACUGCAGGCAAAAUGAGCGUUUCCAACUUUCAAAUAUCUGCCAAGUGGGACUCCGAUGACAAGACGCGUCGUCUUUGGUGGACUUUAGUAGGUCUUGCCGAAAUGAGCAGCGAGCAUCCUAUUGCUAAAGCGAUAGUACUGCAUGCGAAGACUAAUCUUGGGCUGGACUCAGAAAGCGCUCUGGACGGCAGCGUUAGAGAUUUUGAAGCCAAAGUCGGUAAGGGCAUUGUGGCAAAGGUUGAGGCUGCAAUCAGUUCAAACAGCCAAAGUCACGACGUGCUCGCCGGUAAUUUGAAGCUCCUCCACGAUCACGACAUAGCGAUUCCAGAAGACGCAGACACGGAGUCUCGAAGCUCGUCGACUGGCAUGGACGGAGUUCAAGCCUCGAAAUCAGCAUCCGCAGGAGAGACUGUAGUACAUCUCGCCAUCGACAGGGUGUACUGUGGUCGUAUAGCACUCUCUGACACGAUCAAGCCAUCUGCAAAAUCAACAAUUCUGGCUCUUCGGCGCCUUGGCAUCACUUCAAGCAUUGUCACAGGCGACUCGCGUACUCCAGCUCUUGUAGUCGCAAGACAGGUCGGAAUUUCAGCAAAAAAUGUUCACGCGAGCUGUGCGCCAGGCGACAAGCAAACUUUCAUAGAAGACCUUCAGCUGCCCAAACCAGAGGGUGGACCCGGCGAAAUCGUCGCAAUGGUUGGAGAUGGAAUCAACGACUCUCCUGCUCUUGCCACCGCCAGCAUUGGUAUCGCGCUAAGCAGCGGUACUGACGUGGCUAUGGAAGCGGCUAGCAUCGUUCUCAUGAAUGCCGGGGACCUCCUUUCGGUUCCAGCAAGUCUCCACCUAAGUCAAAGCAUCUUUCGCCGAAUCAAGUUGAACUUGCUAUGGGCGUGUGGCUACAAUGUCGUGGGUCUACCCUUUGCUAUGGGCUUCUUCCUUCCUUGGGGUCUACAUUUACAUCCUAUGGCUGCAGGUGCGGCAAUGGCCUGCUCUAGCGUUUCCGUGGUUGCGUCAAGCUUGGCUCUUCGAUGGUGGAGUAGACCCCGAUGGAUGUCCAUCAAAGUUUUAGAUCCUACCAAUGAAGCUGCCAAUGGGGAGCUGGAUACUCCCCCCGAAAGUUUGAUUAGCAGCAUCUCUAGCUUCAUCAAAGAUGGCAUGUACGGGGCAAAAUCACUGCUGAUACGUAAGAAAGGAGACGAAGCGGCGUACGUACCGUUAAGAGACAUGGGAGAAGUUUAAAUCAUUGUGCUUUUGUAUAUACAACAUUCGAAUAACAUGUGCGAAGUCACUUCCUCUCUGA